AUGAUCUUCGAACCGGCGGAACGCGUCCUCCUCCCUUCUGUGGAUGUCAUCUCGUACAUUUUCGACAAUACAUAUGAUGCCAACCGACCGAUCUACGUUGAUGUCAAUAAUCCCUCCCGAUCAAUCAGCUGCGCUCAGGCUCGGAAGACCGUCCGCCAGUUGAUUGCCGGCCUACGCGCCUGGGGAGUCAAACCGGGCGAUUGCGUCGCGAUUCACUCUUUCAAUGAUAUCUACUAUUGCAUGCUGGUUGUGGCCAUCGUUGGCGCAGGCGGUGUCUACACCGGUACCAAUCCAUCCUACACGACGAUGGAGCUGGUGCAUCAUUUCCAGGCGGCCGACGCAAAGUUCGUAAUCUCCGAGCCGGAGAUUCUGACGUCUGUUCAUGCAGCCGUCAAGGAGAGAGGCAUCCCCGAAGGAAACCUGCUCAUCUUCAAUGUCCUGGGACAGGAAGUACCCGCCGGUCGACGAUCAUGGAAGGAUCUCUUCAACCACGGCGAAGAGGACUGGGUAGCAUUUAACGACCUGCAACGAGCCAAGGAAACCACCGCCGUACGACUAUUCAGCAGCGGGACGACAGGCCUCCCCAAAGCCGUGACCAUCACGCAUCACAACCUCAUCGCGCAGCACGAGUUGGUCUUCGAGGUGCAUCCCCGACCAUACCAGGUUUCCCGCAUCGUCGCAAUCCCCGUCUUCCACGUCGCAGCCGCGGUCGUAGCACACUUCAGCGCCAUCAAAGCCGGGCACACCAUCUACAUGAUGCGCCGCUUCGACCUCGAGACGUACCUGGUGUGCAACGAGAAAUACCAGACAACCGACCUGGCCGUCGUCCCGCCCAUGGCCAUCGCCAUCCUGACGUCUCCGUUCUCCCGCACCCGACCGUUCCUGCACUCCAUCAAGAACGUCAACUGCGGUGCCGCCCCGCUCGACAAAGAAGUGCAGACGCGGUUCCGCACGCUCCUCAAAGAGGGCACGCCCUUUACCCAGGUCUGGGGAAUGACGGAAACCUCCGCCAUCGCGACGAUGUUCACGUACCCGGAAGACGACGACACGGGGUCCGUGGGCCGGCUAGUCCCGAAUCUCGAAGCCAAACUAAUCGACGAAAACGGAGACAACAUCUCCGCAUUUGACGUCCGCGGCGAGCUGUGCGUGCGCGGCCCCAUCGUUACACCGGGGUACUUCCGCAACGACUCCGCCAACGCCGAGUCCUUCGAUGCAGAAGGCUGGUUCAAAACUGGCGAUAUCGCGUAUUGCGACGGGCGCACGCGCAAGUGGUACAUUGUCGACCGGAGAAAAGAGCUCAUCAAGGUCCGUGGGUUCCAGGUUGCGCCGGCGGAGCUGGAGGCUGUUCUGCUGGGUCAUCCGCUGAUUGUUGAUGCGGCGGUGAUUGGGGUGGUGUUUCCUGGGGCAGACACGGAGUAUCCCCGGGCGUAUGUGGUUAGACGGCCUGGUCGCGAAGGCGAGAAUCUGACGGAGGAGGAUGUGAGGAAGUAUCUUGGAGAACGGCUGGCGAGGUACAAGGCGCUGACUGGGGGUGUCAAGUUUGUGGAUGCCAUUGCGAAGACUGCUAGUGGGAAGAUUCUGAAGCGGGUGCUGAGGGAGAAUAGUAAGACGGACAUCGAGGCUGGAUUGAGGCCGAAGUUGUAG